CGAUCUGGUAGCAUUGUUGUUCUUGUAUCGUCAUAACUUGACAACAGUCUCACCCUGAGUCAGUGUAGCGAUGGAGAGGACGAUGCUGUCACGUACAGCGCAACGAACUAUUCCACGAUGUAGUCGUGCAGCAUCCUCACGUGCCGACUUCCUGGCAAGGCAAAGUGCACCGGCAAGGAUAGCAGCAGCGUCACAUCAAGAUAAAGCGUAUCGGAAACAGCAACAACUACUACGAUCGAUCCUUGCGAUCGCUAUUGCUGGUGGUGUUGCCACACUAACGCAACACUACUUGAACGAUGGAAUGCUCAGGGUCGCGCAUGCGGAAGCUCCGCCGAAAGACGAAGAGAACGCGUUGGUGUUCGAGGCUUCGCGGAAGAAAGCAGGCUUGAGUAAGGAGGAGAAUCGAGAUCUGAUCUCAAGUCAGCAUCACCAAGUCAAGCGGUCGUGGGAGAAUCCAGGCGUGUAUGCCUGGGGAAGCAACAGCGGCAGAGUAGCUGCUCCAGACAGCACCGAGAAUGUGAUCAAGACGCCACGACGCAUCAACUUCUUUGAUGGUAUGCUGCUGCGAGACAUCAAGCUGGAUCGCAACGCUGGUGCGGCGAUCGAUGAGAAGGGCAAUCUCUUGCAGUGGGGGACUGCGUACGCCCCGGACACGAAAUCGCCGGCAACAACAUUACAAGGGAAGGACCUGGUUGCACUCUCAAUGUCGCGCGACCGUGUACUUGCACUGUCACGCAGUGGUAAAGUGUACAGCUUACCGAUGUCUGCCGAGGACCAGGCUGCGGGUAUCAAGCCUUCAGAGUCAACAUGGCUCCCCUUUUGGACCACACCAAGUCCCGUUUCAUACCGACUGAUCGCGCCCAAGGACCUCAAAUCUCCCGAGAAAGUGACGUCGAUCGAUGGUGGUCUCGAACAUGCUUUGCUACUGACCUCUCAAGGCCGCGUUUUCUCCACCGCUUCUUCCUCCGACAGCUUCCCAACCCGCGGUCAGCUCGGUAUACCAGGCCUGACAUUCUUGACUAGACCAGAGGGGCCAUACGACCAACCUCACGAGAUCACUACCCUCCGCGGCUUCAGUAUUGCGAAGAUUGCUUGCGGAGAUUACCACUCAUUAGCGCUUGAUCGAGACGGCCGCGUAUUCUCCUGGGGCGACAACUCGUCAGGCCAGCUCGGCUUCGACUUCAAUGCCGAAUCGAGUAUCGUCGACGCCCCGUCCCUCAUCCCAACUCAGAAGCUGUACAGCGGUACCUCGCAAGUCCCAUCCAUCACCAGCAUAGCCGCAGGCGGCAGCAAUUCCUACAUCACCGUUGAUGCGACCAAAGUCGCCGCACAAACGGGCAGACUCUUGACUGAAGACGAGGCCAAAGCGAAUAGAGGUCUUGGUAGAGUGACUGCGGAUACCUUUGCGUUCGGGGCGGGAAUCUACGGUGGAUUGGGAAACAGUAGGUGGACACACGUCCAGCCGUCUCCAAUCAAGAUACCAAGCCUAUCCGGGCUGUUCGAGUACGACGAACGCACCAACACCACUGUGCCCAUCCGACUAGCGCAUCUCAGCGUCGGCGCCACGCAUGCCGCGGCUGUGAUGAGGAACAUCACGCACACUUCCGCGUCCACUGAUCUUACAAGUAGCGACGACUCGACCAACUGGGGCGCCGAUAUCGUGUUCUGGGGCGGCAAUGAGCAUUACCAGCUAGGCACCGGAAGGAGGAAUAACAUGUCAAGUCCGACGUACCUCCAGCCCUUGGACAUGGAGGCGGAGAUCAAGCGGGCGAAGAGGAGUACGGGUGGGAAGGAGGAGCAUCGAUUUCAUAUUACGCCGCGCGCUACAGCAGUGCUGGGAGAUGGCAGGCGGGUGAGUGUGGAGCAGAGGGUGGAGUGCGGGAGGGGUGUUACUGCUGUUUAUUCGGGCACUUGAGCGUCUGUUUGUAGCCUACGAUGUGGGCGUGUAGAUAUCUGCUCUCUCGGGAUACCACAGAGGGAGAGAUCAAAGACAGAGACGCGAGCAUCUUUCAGGCUCGGACGCUUUGUACAGGUCCCAAACUGAAUGAGAUCCACACGUCGUCGCCACUCGC